CCGAACUCCAUUCGAAGAGAGCUUGUUGAGAGCUACGCGAAGAAUUUGCCGCGAUGGCAUCCUCUUCGAACCAAGAGUGUCAUAUCUGCCUCGAAGAUUUGCGCAGUAACCUGGUGGCUGCUCCGUGCGGACACGUUUUUCACCACGCCUGCGUCAUCCAGGCGCUACAGUUCAACAAGCAAUGCCCCAUUUGCCGCCGCAGCACAUACGACGCCGACCUCAUCGCACUUUACUUCGACGUACCGAAUGUUGGCGAGGUAGAGGAUGGCAAUAUACAGACGACUAAGCGUGUCGAAGCCUCAGGAGACAGCGUGGCGCUCAGCUCGCGUGUCAAUACGCUCAUGGAGCGCAUCCAGUGGCAAAAUAAGCAGCAAGAGCGACUCGUGGGCGAACUGCAGCGUCUACGCAGCCAGAGCGAGCAGCUACUGGUUGAUAAGCGCUCACUAGCCCAGCGUGUCGGAGGAUUGGAACAUACGAAGAACGAGUUACUGACCAAAGUGGCGAGGUACCAGAUGGAACUCUCGCGUCAAACGGAGGCAGCGCGCAGAUCAACUGUAAACCAGAGUAUUAUCAAAUAUCUGGAGACAUGCGACGCAUCGACACUCGAGGAGGAGAUCCAGAACCCGAGAGAACUGAUCAUGGCGCUCAAGAAGGCGUGUAAGUUCCGCCAUGACCAAUACGAGAAGGUGGUGAAAGAAAAAAUGCGUCUCAAAGAGAUGCUGAGGAAUACGCAGCCCCAAUUAGCACAGCAACAAACAGGAGGCAACGCUAGAGUGGCAAAGAGCAAGGCUCGAAGUGCAGCUUCAGUGUCAUUUGAGAGCAAACGCGCGUAUCCGACUUUUGGAACGGGACUCCAGCCGCCGGUGGAAAGCAAGAAGCGCAAAGUUGAUUCCUCGUCCGUAGCAUCAAAUCCGAUGCCAUUCUUCGAGAACCAGUUCAACGAUGACAUUCUAGGGUUCACCCCUCGUUCAGAAUCGGCAGGGUUCCGCGCGAACGCUUAUUCAGACGUAUCGGUCCGUCCACCGCCGAGUUCACGGCAGACAUUUGGACGCAGCAACUUUAACCCGAACCAGUACGGAGCGUAUAACAUGACGCCAUCAAGUCAGCCUCCUAUACAGAUGGCUGAAUUCCAGGCGGAGGUGUGUCGCCGGGGCUACGACGAAACUGGUAAGUUGACCAACUUUUUUCUCCCAAAAGAGGCUGAGUCGCGGUCUGCGCCUAGGAAGAAACAAAUUCCGAGCAUGCAGAACCUGCUGAACUCACAGUCAAGAUCUUCGGGUCAGCAGCAGCGCGUUGCAAACAACGACCGGCAGGAGUACGCACUUACCAACUGGCUGCGCAACAAUUAA